UGUCUUCAAAGUCGGGCACAUGUAGCUUUGACCAUGUUAUCCCAGUGGAGAUUUAGAUUUCUAAAUUUAAGCUACAUCAAUUCCACACCUGUAAUAAAUAAGGUGCCUGUAAAGUAAAGUGAAUCCCAGUGGAGAUGUUCAAAGUGUUCAGAGGGACUUUCUUUGUGAUGGAGAUAUCUGUCUUAACCAGCACAGUGAAAGUUUUGCUAUUUUAAUGAAUUUGUUGUUACUGUUUAACAGUGGAAAUAUUUUUAAAUGAGAAGCCAGUGAUUUAAUUUCAUGAAAUCAAAAGUGUUCUAUGAUAAAUAAGUAUUUUAAAGUUUCUUCUUAAUUAGCAUAGUGUUGUCUUCUCUCAGUCCGCCUCCUCAUCGGCUCGUGAGAAAGCAUCAGGCGUUACCACACUGGAGUUUUAUGACAUGGCAUUUUUCAGCGGUGCCGCUCCACAGACUGAGAGUUGCGAUGGCAGUGUUCUGUAAGAUCGGGUUUUGUAACAUGCCACUAAACUAACUGGGCCAGGAAAGGAAGGGAAGAUUCGCCAAACAACUCAAUUGAGCUACGAAAGCAUGUCUGCCAGUGUCCAGCCCAGACCUGCCUUCGUCCUGGCUGACUAUGCCAUCUUUGCUGCCAUGCUGUUCACCUCCAUGGCCAUAGGCAUUUUCCACGCUCUGAAGAAGCAGGGAAGCGCCAGCACCGACGACUUCUUCACCGGAGGUCGGAACCUCCCAGCCGUCCCUGUGGGGCUGUCGCUCUGCGCCAGCUUCAUGUCAGCAGUGCAGGUUCUGGGUGUUCCUUCUGAGGUUUACCGCUAUGGCUUUAAAUUCCUUUAUAUGUGCCUUGGACAGAGCAUUAACUCCCUGCUCACAGCUUACCUCUUCCUGCCAGUUUUCUUUCGACUGGGCAUCACCAGCACCAAUCAGUAUCUGAAGAUGAGGUUUGGCAGAGGGAUGCAGCUGCUGGGAAGCAUUCAGUUUAUCGUGGCAACGCUGCUUUACACAGGGAUAGUUAUCUAUGCACCAGCCCUGAUCCUCAACCAAGCCACUGGACUCAACAUGUGGGUGUCGUUGUUUUCUACUGGGACCAUUUGCACCCUGUAUACCACACUGGGCGGAAUCAAAGCUGUGAUCUGGACCGACGUGUUCCAGAUCAUCGUCAUGCUGUCGGGCUUCAUGGCCAUCUUCAUACAUGGCACAAUUCUAGUUGGCGGUCCCGCACUGGUGCUAGAGAUUGCCAAGAACGGAUCCCGUAUUAAUUUUGAUGACUUUGACCUGAACCCGCUGCGGCGUUACACCUUCUGGAGCCUGUCUGUGGGCGGUUCAUUGGUCUGGCUGUCCAUGUACGGGGUGAACCAAGCACAGGUCCAGCGCUACAUCUCCUGCAGAUCUGAGAAAGAAGCCCAGUUCGCGCUGCUUGUGAACCAGAUCGGUUUGUGCCUCAUUGUGAGCACUGCAGGAACCUGUGGCAUCGUUAUGUUCGCUUACUACAUCAGCUGUGAUCCACUGGCGUCUGGGAGAAUAUCGGCCCCUGAUCUGUACAUGCCGUACUUCGUGUUGGACAUAUUCGAAAGGCUCCCAGGUUUAUCGGGUCUCUUCCUCGCCUGCGCGUACAGUGGGACUCUGAGCACAGCAUCUACGAGUAUCAACGCCAUGGCUGCAGUAACUAUGGAGGAUCUGUUGCAACCCUGUCUGAUCCACAUGAGCCAGAGGAAGCUGAUCAUGGUGUCCAAGGGACUGUCCUUCCUAUAUGGGGUCGGUUGUAUCACAGUAGCUGCUCUUGCCUCCCUCCUGGAUUGGGGAGUCCUUCAGGGAUCAUUCACAGUCAUGGGUGUCGUCAGUGGUCCAUUACUAGGCGUAUUCAUUUUGGGCAUGUUUGUGCCAGCAACAAACCGACUGGGGGUGUUCUCUGGAAUACUAGUGGGUUUCUGCGUUUCCUUUUGGCUGGCUGUUGGUUCAACUCUGUACCCACCCAGUGCGGAGGCGAUGGGGGUCCUGCCCAGCGACUCAGGACAGUGUGACAACAACACUCUCCUGAACAGCAGCACUAACCGGGAUCACUUCAUCCAGCUUCACCCAGAUUUCCAGGGGGGCCUGCAUAAAUUCUACUCCAUAUCCUACCUCUAUUUUGGUGCCAUGGCAACGAGUUCUGUCGUGGUAGUUGGGCUAAUAGUGAGCUAUGCAACAGGCCCAACGAAGAGGAGAUGUAUUAAAAAGGGUUUGUUGUGGUGGGACUUGAAUAACGAUGUGAAGGUUCCAGCAAAGCGCAAGGGAAACCACAUAACAGAUAAACCACACCUUGUACGUUUGAGCAACCUGCAUGAAGAUGACACACACGAGAAAGAAGAACUAUCAGACUAGACAACGCAAGAAGUGAAGCAAAGUGCAGUGGGGUUGUGGGUUUCUUGAAAAAGCAUACACUUACUGUAACUACAGGCUUGAAUGAAACUACAAGGCAAGAGAGUCUCAGUUUGAAUAUAUUGUAAAACAGCUGAGGUUGAUCCCAAUGGGCACUGAUAAAGUCAUGGAACGUUCACCUAUUUUAAUCCCUUUAGAUGUGAUUUUGAAUGUCCAAACAUCCUUUUCUUCACUUCUGGGGAGUUUAAUUAAACCUGCAACCCAGAACUCAGCCUUAAGCUUGUUUACUGCUAUAUACUCAAUACUUUGCAUAUGCACUCACAAGUUACACAUGCAGCCUAAGGCUCUUUAUUGAGUGUGCAACUUACUACAAGACGACAACUUGUGUCCCUGAGAUAUAAAAAUGAAAGAAGCUUUUUAACACCACACAUGGAGCUACUGGAAAUUUAAAAAAAAUUGUAAUUGUAAAAUGAAAUUAACAGGUUUAAUAAUAUGUCAAGAAACGUAGAGGCUGCACUCAAAUACCAUCAGCCCUUAUCAGAAAUUCCUCUUGCAUUGAAACAUUCUUUCAUUAGAAAGAGUUAGCUGCAAAAAUGCACACCUGCUUUUCAACCACUGUUAAUAGAUAAGUGACGGCAGGUUGAGGUGAAGCCAGUCAGGUCUUUGUGUGUUUUUGAACAGCUUUCUCAUUUUACACUGGGGUUGUUUGUGUAAUUAAUUUAAUGGAGGAAGCUAUGUGUUUGACAUACAGCUUUGUAACUAGUAAUAUUUAUUGGUGUUGCUUUAUUUAGUAGCCUUUGGCCUUUUGCUUCUGUUAAGAGUGUGCUGUAUUUGCACAUACUGCAGUCGCAUCAUUUUGGUAGUUUUCUUCUACACUGUUCUACCAACAAAAUUUGAGUUAUAUGUCAUAUUAUAUUAUUCUGUUUGUGGCAAAUACACUGCUUAAAAUAAAUCUCCAGUUUAUUGGAAUCUGGCUAUCAUAGA